GCUCUUUCUCUUUGUCAACUUUUCCCCAACCCUCUAGACGCUCUCCCCUGCCUCUACGAUGUCGUCCAGCAUCUUAUACCACUCAAUGCUCUAUCCAAAACUACCCCACAUGAGUAACCGCAAGUCCGCUCACCUCCUCGUCCGAAGACCAUCUAUUCCACAAUGCCACACUCGCUAUUCCAUCUCCAAUCGGCGGUUCAACCACUCCACUACCACCUUCCCUGUCCCGAAAUACUCCCCAGCACCCCAAAUUCUCAUUCCUCAAUUCUAUUAUCCACGGAUUCGUGGCUGGUGUCCCUUCAUGUCUGCCCCCAUCCCCAGGCGGCGCCUCGAUCAAGGGGGUCUCCUAAGAGUCGUGUCCUGGAAUAUUGAUUCCAAAGGAGUAGUGAGAGCAGCUCGAGCCUCUUUUGCCAUGGGCUACUUAGAAGAAAUCUUUAGAGACGCAUCUUCUCCACUGGUCAUUACGCUCCAAGAGGUCCACCGCGAGUCACUCUCGGCUAUCGUCAAACACCAAUGGGUCAGAGAGAAUUUCGCAGUAUCAAAUAUGCAUGUGGCCCGGAACUUCUCCACAACUAUAAUGGUUUCUCGGCAUAUCCGGACGGACUGGCGGUUCCGCAUUCCCCUGCGAGGCCUAACAGACAGAGACCUCCUUGCUGUCGACAUCCCGAUUUCUUCCCCCAAAGGGAACUCUGAACACACUAGGAGAAUUCUAAGGCUUUGUAUAACGCACCUUGACUUGUUCAGGGAUGAGGGGAGAACCUGUCAGCUGGCUCAAGCCUCUGCACUGCUGAAGGCACCACCAACUCGCCAUUCCGAAAUUCUGGCGGGGCUACUGAGAGCGAACCUGAAUCAAGACUGCCCCUUCUUUGCUUUGAGCCGCAUGGCAGGUAAUGUCGACUUGUGCGAUUUCUGGGACGACACUACCUAUCCUCCAACUCGCAUUUUAAGGAGACCGACGAGAAACAGCAAGGGAUAUCGAAAACCGAACGUACGUCCCGCGAAACGAAUAGACAAUUUCCUCUACACUGGAAUGAUAGAUGCGGGGCCGUUGUUGGAUGUACAAGAUGUGACUGGAAGGGCUGGGCGUCUUGGGGUCGGCUUGAAGACGACGGUUAGAACUGGAGAAUAUUACUUUAAACGUCGUCUUAAACUCACAAAGAGGGAGCAUGGGUCAAAAUUUCCUCGUAAGUCACACUCUGAUAUCUACCAAGAAGGUGGAAUUCGGAAAGAGCUUGAGGUGUUGGUCAGCAGUCAUGGUGGUAGUGCUAUUGGAAUUAGGGUCCGUUAAGAUUUCCAUGUGGUGGUCCAACGAAUACUAUUUCACGUCGAGAGAUAUCCUUUGAGAGCUUAUGUGAUUUCUACUAUUUAGAUUCUUUUAUAUUUUACACACAUUCUGCAGCAAGUUUCUUCACGUUCCCAAAAUCAGGAAG